AUGGAUGCAGAGUCUGUCGAAGUUUAUGGCGAUGUAUCUGAUACUAUCGAAUGGGGACUGGAAGACGUUACCACUAGCAAGGAACCUUCAAGGACGUCUCAGAUAUGCAGCGGUCCACGCUUGAUACCCAAAAUUCGCAUGCAAGAUCAAGCUCCAGAAGCAAGUGCAUUUUUGGAUCAUGGUUUCAAUGCAGGGGUUCGAUCUUCCAACUCCAACCCGUCCCUGCAACGAUACGUGGAUCCCAGUACGACCACUACGUCUUCUCGUUUGACCCCUGAUGAAGGAAUGUACCACAGUUUUGCCCAACGGGGUAGUAGUUCAGAACAGUUUCAGAAGACUACAUCAUACUCUCCUCUGGAACUCGCUUCCUCGGAUGCUUGGGCGCCUGCGUCCGAAGAUCACUGCAAUUCAUUCCCAUCAAUCAAUGGGCCAUAUCCUCGCCUGACCGACUAUUCCACCGAUGGGCCUUACUGGAUUCCCGUGAAAGCAAUCGAUCCUACUAUGUUUCCCUCCUCGCUUCCAAAGGGCAAGCGAGGCUUGGCUCGGAAAUCUCGCCAGAGCUUGAAUCAGAUGCAACUGUCGUCUAUCGCCGGCCAGAGUUCCGGCUCGAAGAGAACAUCGCUGCUUGUCUACCUCAGUCUUCCCAAUGCUGCCCUCUCCUUAGUAGAGCGCAUUGUGGAGCCUGAGCUACGAUCGCUGCUUCAUCGCGAAGUGCCGUGCGACACCUUUUCGACUCCUCAUCCUGUUGGCACCUCGCCAGCCACGCGUGAGCAGUUGCACCUAGCAUAUCGUGACCAUUUUGGAGUCAAGCUCAAUGCCGCUCUCAACUCAUCACUUGCUCAACCAACCCUUGAGAUGCACAGUAACACAUGCGAUAAUACCUUGAUGCUUCCAGACUUCACCUCGACUACCUCCAAUAAUCAGGAGCGGAUUCGUGUCGUGGGAAUAGUGCUGUGUUACGAACAGUGGCGCAGCGAUAUGCGCCACGGUAGCCCUUCAGAGCAAGUGCGCUAUCUAUCAGGCUUGGCGCGUCUGCAGCACUUCUUUCGCGAACACGGUUGCCGCUAUGGCUUCAUCAUCACAGGAAUCGAACUCGUGUGUGUACGCUAUGGCGGCGAUGACUUGAUCUACGAGUCCAAAAAACACGAGUCUAGUCCCUCGUUCGCAGAAGUCUCAUCCUCUGCUCCCAUCCCCAUUUUUGGCUACCUGGAACAAGGACUUGAAGAUGACAGCAGGGCUGGCGCUCUGGUACUUGCAUAUGCAAGCUUGCGACGAACCACUUCCAGGACAGCAGCACUGGAAGCUAGAGAUUGGCAAGCCUUCUGCCAUGACGAGGAAGAAACACUUGGUCAGAGAUGCAGGGAUGCCUAA